CUCCAACCUCCCAAGCAGAUAUCAGAGGGAGGACCUUCCUUCCUGCUCCUCGCUUUCCCGAUUCCCUCCCAGUUUACUUAGAAAGACAUGCCAUUGGAAAGCGACGGUGCCAACGAAUUUCUGCUCUGGGAGGGCGAGGACCGAGAAAAGUCGGUGGACGUCGUCAAGCAGAUCAACGCCAAGAACGCAAAGUACGUCGCCGUCGGCCUCGUCGUCGGCUUCAUCCUCUACCACGGAAUCGUACAUUUAAGAUACGGAACCGAUUCUUGCAAAUGGCUACUUUCCGGGGGAAAGUACAAAGGGGACAUGGAGUGGCAGCCGUACGGCUGUAUGAUGCACCAAUACAGCCAACUGGACACCAGGCGGUGUAUAAGGUACUUGGCAUUUUUCGGCCGCCACAACCACUUCAUCUUCAUCGGAGACAAUCGAGUUCUCGAGAUAUACAAGGCGUUCCUGAACCACUUGAUCGGGUGGGAGGGCGGGCGUACGAAGCAAGAAGAGAACAAGCCUCAGGCAUUCCGGAACCAUUCUGUCUCUGAUUCACAACUCCGUGUCACCGUAGAUUUCAUCUGGAGCCCAUACGUCUCAGAUGUGAUGGUCAACAGCUUUAAAAAAUGGAAGGAGCAGUCUGAGCCCCCGAGCCUUAUAGUCGCUGGGUGUGGGAACUAUGCGAUUAAACGAACAAACGGUUCAUCGAGAGGUGUUAAAGAAUACGCUCUUAACUUAACUAGAAUUGUCGCACCUAUCGACAGCCUCAAUUCGAAAAAGAGCAGGGUGCUCUGGAUACUCUUAGAACCGGUGAAUGAAGAUAAGGUACCAGAGGAGUGGGCGGCGCUGACCAAUCGUGUCAUAGACCAGUACAACUGGGCAGCAAGAGAGGCCCUGUACAAGAGCGGAGCUCAAGUUUGGUCGAGCACACGCAUGCUCGUUUCUGGUAAUGACGCUUGGGACGGUUUACACAUCCCGGUCAAGGCUUUGCGCCAUCAUACACAGAUCCUUGCCAAUUUGCACUGUAACGAUCACAUGGCUUUCAACGACGGUACUUGCUGUUCUUCACCUGAGCACCGAACAAUGUUACAAUCACUUACUUACACUUUUUUAGGAAUUUGUUGUAUAUUAGGAUUUGUAAUUUUUAUAAGAAGAUAUAAAACAAAAAUGAAAUUAGAACCACCCUCUAGUGGUUAUAUUUUAAUCAAUGCACUUGCCAAAAUUGGCCUUAUCAUGGCAUAUUUUUACCUUUGUGAUAGAACUAAUUUCUUUAUGAAAGAAAACAAGUAUUACUCUUCGGUGAGUUUCUGGCUUCCCCUCGGGUAUAUUUUUGCCCUUGGGGUUUUCUUCACCGAGGACAGCCGUUACACGAAAGUUCUUCACAGAGACCAAUCUGAAGAAUGGAAAGGAUGGAUGCAGUUAGUAUUGCUUAUUUAUAAUAUGACUGGGGCCAGUGAAAACUCUCACAUUCGAAACCAUGUUCAGAUUCUCAUUUCAGCAUACUUUUUCCUCUCGGGUUAUGGACAUUUCUAUUAUCUUUGGCAUAGAACUGACGCCGGUGUUGUUCGAUUCUUUCAGAUGCUUUUCAGAUUGAACUUUCUACCUGUCCUACUGUGUCUUUGCAUGAACCGGCCGUACCAAUUUUAUUCAUUUGCUCCAUUGAUUUCAUUUUGGUUUCUUUUGGUUUAUCUCGUCCUUAUAAUGCCGCCUAGGGUGACGGCGACGAGUGUAGAAGCGAAUCCACUCCAUUACCUCUACCUAGUUUUAAAAAUGGUCGGCCUUUUCAGUCUUAUCAUCAUUCUUUUUAUGUCGGAAGUCUUUUUUGAAAAAGUUUUUGUCACACGUCCCUGGAAGGCUCUUUUUGUCACUACUGAUGAUGAUAUCCAUGAGUGGUGGGUCAGAUGGAAACUCAACCGCUAUAGCAUGUGCUAUGGUGUUAUUUUUGGUCUAGCACUCGUGACAGCCCAGAGAUUCAAUCUUGUGGAUGAUUCAAACCACAGCAAUCUUAUGUCGAAAAGACCUGCUUUAGCACUCAUUUUUCUUUCUCUCCUCGGUCUGAGUGCUGCGUCUGCAUACGCUUUCUUAUGCCCGAGCGACCUCGACUGUGAUGAAGUACAUUCCUACAGUACUUUUGUACCUAUCGUAUCGUAUUUGGCGUUGAGAAACGUCAGCGGGAUCCUCAGGACAAGGUAUUCUACAAUGUUCGCCUGGUUUGGGAAAAUAUCGCUUGAACUGUGCAUAUGCCAGUAUCACAUCUGGCUUGCUGCCGACUCUCAUGGGGUCCUAGUCUUCGUGCCUGGUUACCCAGUACUUAAUGUGCUCAUCACCUCGUUCAUAUUUGUCUGUGCAGCCCAUGAGAUACAUAAACUGACUGGUAUUCUGAUGCCUUAUGCCGUUCCAUCCGAUUGGAGGCUAGUGUUGAGAAAUUUCUUCAUAUUCUUGAUGAUUCUCGUCCCGAUUGGGAUUCACGAUGGGAUGUUCUGAGGCACCCGUGGUUAAUGAUUCGUUCGUACAGCCUUUAAAAAUCUUGGCAAUUGACCAUAUUUCAUUAUAACACUUCUGGAUUCCCCCCUCCGCCUAUAUGUAAAAAUGCGGAAAAGAAAACUGUCAAUUAGGGGGUUCAGUUUUUCUUUUUUUCUAGAGUUAUGUGCCUUUUAUUUUUUCAAAACAGAUAUGUUUCUGUUGCAUUAGAAAAUGACAGAUAUUUUGUAAAAAGUGAAAGGAAGAAAAGGAGAGAUUGUUAGGGGAUAACAUGUUACCACAUUGUUUAGGGUAAAAUUUAAAAAUUUUAACUUGAAGGAUCUCAUGUCACGAACAUUUUCACUUGUAAGAGACACACUUUCAUUCCUACUUAAUCGUUUUAGUCUGUAUUCUUCAUGAUAUUUGUUAUUCUAGUCAUUUUUUUUUUCUUUGUUUUUUCAUUUUUAAUUGUGUAAAGUGCAGUGCAUAUCAGAAGUUUAUUAGUACGGUAAUUCGAAUGCAUGUCUGUGUGUAUAAAAUUGUGUAAAUAAUACUUUUUUUUAGAAAAAAAAAAUCAAAGGGGUAGUUUUUCAAAAGUGGUGAGUUUUGUAUGUAUAGUUCAUUUUUCCAUUUUAAUUUAACCUCACCACCCAGAGACAUGCAAAAUGACUUGAGACAUGUGAUAUUUCAUAAAUUGGUCCCCCCCCAGCUGAAAAUGAUUGUGGAAUUAUACAGAAAAAAGCAAAUGACUGAAUAUUUUUUUUAAUAAAAUGUCCCACAAUCAAAUGGCAAUUAACUUCAGAGAUAAUCUAUUGUCGAAAUAACUGCAUUUAAAUAUUAUUAUACAUAUGAAAACAAUAUAAAACAGAUAAUUAAAUUUUUAUGAAUUCUAAAAUAGGUACAGUGAGAUUAAAAUAUACCAUCGAUGUGAUGAUGGAGAACCAACAAGAGUAAAAAACUCUUUAAAGAAAAAGCUUUAAAAAAAUAUGACAUUUUACAUUUUACACCCUGUAUUAUGUAAACCUAAUAAAAUAAAAAGACCUAAGAAAAUAAAAAGAGGAAAGCACGAGUAUCAACAGGGUUUUGCGAAUUAUUAAAUUUACAAAAUUACGACACAAAUCCUCUUAAGUAUAAACAUUUCUUAAUUCAAAAGUACAAAACCCGACUACUUUUGAAAACUUACCGACACCUCACAAGUUGAGUUUAUGGUUGUGACUACUUAUAUUAUUGUUUCCUAAUUCUUAAUAAUUGUAAAUAUGUUGAGGCUCGGUUCCUCUCCCCCCCACAACAUGUUUGAACCAUCGUUCCUCGAAAGUUUAAAGUUUGCAGGAAAAUCGACUGACUCGAGAACCUGGGACCAAAGUGCAAAAAAAGUAUAUAUAUUCAGAAUAAGAAAAUGUUUAUCUCGGUCGAUAAAGCUGGCUGCUGUUUUUUAUAUUACAAUCUUGGCUUUAAACUUUUGAGAGGUUGUGUGUGCGUGUAUUUGUGUCUUAUACAGAUUUUAAGCAGAAUGCUCACAUUGUAAAUAUUUUUUUAUACUACUGCCAUUUUAUACAAGAACAUUUGUAUAAAAAAAAAGUAUUGAAUACUCCGAGAUUGUAAAACUGUAAAAUAAAUAAUAAUAAUGGUGUCUUAAAGUCUUAGCAACUUUGUUCGUAAUAGUAUUAGGAGAAAAUAUAGACUUAUUGUAUAUUUCAAUUUGAAUUUUUUUCCUUUUUUUUUUUUGCUUAGGCUUUUAAUAGGGUCAAUAGUUUAGGUUGUAUAUCACUAAACUCAAAUUACUUCAAAUAUUAAUUAUCAUGACAAAAUUGUUACCUUUGUUGUUAUUGUUUAAAGAUAAUAAAAUAU